GCCCGUCAAAGUUUCUCGGCCGAACGGUUAACGUUGCAGCUCGGCCCGCGGCGAUUAAUCCGCGGCUCGCGGCGCGUCGAGUUUUUGACGGGAACCGGAGUUGUCGCGCGGGCGCUGGCGGCGCGCCAGGCAGCCUGUAUCUUCCGGCGCGCCUACUUUCCGCCGGCCGCGCACCAUAUCUCGGAGGAUCUCCGCUAAUGGAAUAACUUUUAAACGGCGAGCCCGCGGUCGCCCGCAGCACUGCUCUCUCGGUCCGCAAUCGCGAGCAUCUUGGUUGCACGCCGCGCGCACGCGGCCCGUUCGACGCGCGCUCUGCGGGCCGCGAUAGGACGCCCGCCGCUAUCGCGCUGUCGACGCGCGCCGAAAGUUUAGCUGAAAGGGAAAAAAAGGAGAGAGAGAGAGCUCGCAAAUCCGGCACUGGAUUUGGUACGUUCGGCGGCAGCGGCCAGCUGGCUGGCUGGCUGGCUGGCUGGCCGGCGCUCGUCGCGCGAGCAUCGUUAAAAAUGAAAAGGGACGUAUUCAAAGGGUUUCCGCGGCUCACUCGUUGAAUGGGACGCGGAUAUUUGCAUUAGAGUUGACGACGGUAUUAAAAGCCCGAGCUUUGGACUCGAGGUUUGGAAAAGCAAGUUUCUAGCUGAAGUUAAACAGCGCGCGGUGAAAAAAAAAAAGAAAAACAAAAAAAAAAGAUAGGACGGGCUGAAAAGAAGCGCCGCGUUCAUACGUAUGGCCGGGUAUAAAAAUUCAAACGCAUUCGGCUCUUCAUUCGGCGCGCGCGAGCGCCGCCAGCGAUGGCCUUUUAUUUUCGUGUCGCACCGAGAAUCGCGUUCGGCCGUCCUCGUCGGCGUCAUUUCCGAAACGUCGCGCGCAGAGAGGGAGAGCGCCGAGACGCGCGCUCCGAGGCGUCGCGGCCCUUCGCCGCGGGCUGGCGGGCGGGCGGGCGGGCGGCGAGGAGGCGAGCGCGCGCGAGCCGAGGGCAGCGCCGCGGCUUGCGCACGCAGGCGGCGCGGCUCGCGGCGUUCAGUGCACGUCCACCCGGCGUGAUGUGAAGAUGCGCGUGCCGCUGUGGCUGCUCGGCGGCGUCGCCGUGCUCUCGCUGGCGGUCGCCAGGGCCCUGUCCUGCAUCUGCUCGCCGCUGGAGUGCGACCCCCUCGGCGGCGACGACUGCCCCGGCGGCCUCACCUGGGACCCCUGCAAGUGCUGCAAGGUGUGCGCGCGGCUGGAGGGCGAGCCCUGCGGCGGCCUGUUCGGCUUCUCGGGGCGCUGCGCCUUGGGCCUGCAGUGCGUCAUCAAGAACCUGGUGCCGCACCCGCGUGACUCUGCCCUGGACGAGGGCGUCUGCACCAAAAUUCCGGGACGGACGAGGCGACGCUGCGCCGGCGGCACGCGUCAGUCGGAACCGGGCUGCAACCUGGUGGGCGAGGGCUCGGCCCAGGAGCAGGGCCAGUGCGCGUGCGGCAGCGCGGUGCUCUGGUGCCCCGAGGACGAGCCCCAGCCCUACACCUACCGCACCAGGCACGAGUGCGAGCUCAACUUGGCGGCCAAGAUGGCUUACGAUGGACUGUACGAGAGGGCGCAAACAAGGCCGGAUAACGCUCACGGCGAGCUACACGCUUUGCCGCUCGCCCAGGAGAGCCGCCAACUUUUCUUCCUAUUUGCUCGGAGCUCGGCUCUCUUCAUCCUUUUUACCUUAUCUCCGCGCAGCCAGGGAUCACUCGCUGCACAUCCCCGCCAGGAUAAAGGCUUAGCCCCCCCCCUUCCGAUAUAUCCCUUUGCUGCUUUUUCCACUCUCGCGCCAAACGUACACACACUCGACGCUUCGGUGCCGAGCUCCCGGUAUAUAUCCCCGUCGCGCCGAUACCCGAUGGAUUCCAGCGUUCUCGCUUUUUCUCGUUGCUGCUGUUGACGCUGUUUUUAAUCUUUUCCAUCGGCCCACGGCCGAGCUACUGC